AUGCCCUACCUACUCCGGGACUCGAAGCCCAGGCCGCCACCGCUGCCGCGGGAGGCGCGUGCCACCCACAGCUCGGGGAAAGCCUACGAGGAGCUAAAGCAGGACUGCCUGCGCAGGGGCAGCCUCUUCGAGGACCCUGACUUCCCUGCCAGCGACGCCUCCCUCUUCUUCAGCGAAAAGCCACCCGUUCCCUUCCUCUGGAAGAGGCCUGGGGACAUUGUCAAGGAUCCCAAGUUUAUCCUUGGAGGAGCUACGAGAACUGACAUUUGCCAAGGGGAUCUUGGUGACUGCUGGCUGUUAGCAGCCAUAGCUUCUCUCACACUGAAUGAAAAAACACUAGCAAGAGUGGUACCGCUGGAUCAAAAUUUUGGGCCAGAUUAUGCUGGAAUAUUUCACUUCCAGUUUUGGCAGCACAAUGAGUGGCUGGAUGUCGUGAUUGAUGACCGAUUACCCACCUUCAAAGGCCGGUUGGUUUUCCUGCACUCAGCUGAACACAACGAAUUUUGGAGUGCUUUACUAGAGAAAGCCUAUGCCAAGCUGAAUGGCAGCUACGAGGCUCUGAAAGGAGGCAGCACAAUAGAAGCCAUGGAGGAUUUCACUGGGGGAGUAGGAGAAAUGUAUGAGGUUAAAAAGGCUCCUGACAAUUUCUAUGAAAUCCUAGAGAAAGCUCUGAAAAGAUGCUCAAUGGUGGGCUGCUCUAUCGAUACCAGCAGUGCUGCCGAGUCAGAAGCCAAAACCCCCUUUGGCCUUAUAAAGGGCCAUGCUUACUCCAUGACUGGCAUCGAUGAGGUGAGCUGUCGGGGCCAGAAAGUACGGCUCAUAAGGAUAAGGAACCCCUGGGGACAGGUGGAGUGGAACGGCCCUUGGAGUGACAACUCUCUGGAGUGGCGUUUGGUCAGCCCAUCAGAGCAGAAACGCUUGUCUCAGACAGCACUGGAUGAUGGAGAGUUCUGGAUGAAAUUUGAAGACUUCAAAGUGCAUUUUGAUAAAGUUGAAAUCUGCAACCUGACUCCAGAUGCCCUGGAAGACAGCACUGCCCACAAGUGGGAGGUGACCAUCCAUGAGGGGAGCUGGGUCCGGGGCUCUACUGCAGGAGGAUGCAGAAACUUUCUAGACACUUUCUGGACAAAUCCACAAAUCAAGAUGCAUUUGACAGAGACAGAUGAUGGGCAAGAUGACUGCACAUUCAUUGCAGCGCUGAUGCAAAAGGAUCGCCGCAAACUCAGGAAGUUUGGUGCUGAAAUGCUAAGUAUCGGCUACUCUAUUUACGAGAGCCCUGGCGGAGAUGGACACCUGAACAAAGACUUCUUCAGGUACCACGCCUCCAAGGCCAGGAGCAAAACCUACAUCAAUUUAAGGGAAGUAUCCAACAGAUUCAAGCUGCCACCAGGUGACUACAUCCUUGUUCCAACCACAUUCGAACCACACCAGGAGGCAGACUUCUGCCUGAGGAUCUUCUCGGAGAAGAAGGCCAUCACUGAGGAUCUAGAUGAAAACGUUGCCAUUGAUCUCCCUGAGCCUCCAAACCCAACCCCAAGUCCACAAGCAACUGAAGAAACUGAAGAAGAAAAGCAGUUCCGGGCACUGUUUGAGCAGAUCUCAGGAGAGGACAUGGAGGUAUCCGCAGAAGAACUUGAAUAUGUUCUGAAUGCAGUACUAAAAAACAAAAAGGACAUCAAAUUCAAGAAGUUAAGUCUCAUUUCAUGCCGAAACAUCAUUUCUCUUAUGGAUACCAGUGGCAAUGGGACUCUGGAAUUCACUGAGUUCAAAGUUUUCUGGGAAAAACUGAAGAAAUGGAUAAAUAUCUUUCUUCAGUUUGACUCCGAUAAAUCCGGCUCCAUGUCCUCCUAUGAGCUUCGCACUGCUCUCAAAGCUGCAGGAUAUCAACUCAACAACUACCUGUUGCAGCUGAUUGUCCUGCGAUACUCUGAUGAACAGUUCCAGAUUGAAUUUGAUGAUUUUCUGAACUGCUUGAUUCGCUUAGAGAAUGCAAGUCGAGUAUUCCAAGCACUGAGUGUGAAAAAUAAGGAGUUCAUUAACCUGAAUAUAGGAGAGUUCAUUAACCUGGCAAUGAACAUUUGAAGAAGUUUGACUUGGAUGUCAGGAGUUUCUUGGGACAUCGUUACCAUGACUGCUACCCUGACAACUGUGGUCCCCUUCUGAUGUAGACUUAACCAGAGCGUUUGUGUGGAGGAAGACAUGUACUGUCCACCCUUUCUGGUCUCCAGCCCUGCUGUGUUCAGGAGCUCCACAGUCAGAUCACAUUUUGUUUUUAAU